UCCAAACCCUUGAUUCUCUAUAAACACCGACUUCAUCAUCAUCAUCGUCAUCAUCAUCAUCAUCGUCAUCAUCCUCAUCGUAUCAGUCCAUUUCUUCCUCCUCUCUAGCAUGCAAUGGGUUCGGCCGCCCCUGUAGACGGCCCCCAUCAACAGAACCGCAACCAGAAGGAGGCGGAGCGGCAAGGAAACGGUCAUCUGUUUCUCGAAUCUUUACCGGUGAUAGACAUUCGCUUCCUCUCUCAAUCAGAACUCCUUGCCCUUUCGCUCUGCUCCUCAGCCUCGUUAUCCCGUUCUCUUCCGGAUGAUGACGAUGUUAUCAUCCCUAAAAUCGACCGCUCCGUUUUCAACGAGUCCGCCGGCAGCCGCAAGCAGACAUUCUCCCGUCUCCGUCUUGCCACCCGCCAUAACCACCAUAAUGAAAAUAAUCACUCCAUUCACAAACCCUCUGUUGUUUCUCAAUCGCUCGAACGAGAGAACUCUCAAAUUCUUUCGCUCCUCAAAUCGCUCUUUCCCCUCCCUGAGGACGAUGGUACCGACUCUGGACAAGUCAUGGUGGAGAAGGGGAAGGAGGCGGAGGAGGACGGGCAACUCUUUCCGGUUCGGGUUGAAUACAGCGAUCCUGAUGGGAAUUCUAGUUCAGCUUUCCAGAGCAUUCCUGUUGACGUCGUUAAUUCUGUUCAGAGGAAGAGGAAGCGAGGUCGGCCAAGGAAGGAGGAGAAGCUUGGCGGUAGGGUUACCUGGAACGGUGGUUGCGAAGUCAUGGCUGAGAGUAAGGUGGUUGGUGGUGACAGUAUAGGUGUUUCAGAGCAGACGGUGAUGGAGAACAGGGUCGGCAUGGAGGUGGAUUCGGUCGCCCGGAAUGCUUAGGACCCGUUGAGGAAACUGCCUGCUGCCUGGUGCUGCACGCGUGUUUAUACACAACAGCAAGCACAAGACAUGCAAAACCAUGAAUACAAAUAUACACAUGUUUGUACACAGGAGCAAGCACAAGACAUGCAAAAACAUGAAUAUAUACCUUCUUGAAACUUUUGAUUAAUCUGAGAUGGGGUACUGUGAUUUUUUGUGAUAAUUUGAGACCAAUGAAUUGCUGUAAAUAGCAGUAUUGGGGCCAAAAUCUCAUCAUUGAUUUUUUUGAGCUCCUUAGAUCUUUCUAUCUUGGCCAGGCCGGAGCAGAUGUAAGCUCCAUUGUUGUGAAGCUUGUGUUCACAGAGUGACUUGCUAGUGUUCAGUAUCCUCAUUUUCGUUACAAUAUAAAAUACAUGAAAAAAUUGAAACCCAA